CUUCUCUCAAUUGCCAGGUUACAAAUCUAGUUCUGUGUUCAACAAGAAGGAAGAUUUCUGUUUCAUUGCACAUAGUUCAAAGAAGAUGCAUUCUCGGUAUUACAGAGUGUCUGAACCCCUCCUCCCAAAAUGCUCCUACAGUCACCAAUUACAAUAACGUGAUAGAAGCAAAUUCAGAUUCAGAUGAUGAAGAUAAAUUGCAUAUAGUGGAAGAAGAAAGUAUAACUGAUGCAGCAGACUGUGAUGCAAGUGUGCCAGAAGAUGACUUGCCAACAGACCACGCAGUGUUACCAGAAAACAGUGAAAGGGAAGGGAGCACAAACAGCUGCUGGGAAGAUGAAGGAAAAGAAACGAAGGAAAUCCUGGGGCCUGAAGCUCAGUCAGAUGAAGUUGGAUGUACAGUAAAAGAAGAUGAAUGUGAUUCUGAUGCAGAAAAUGAACAGAACCAUGACCCUAAUGUUGAAGAAUUCCUUCAACAAGAAGAUACAGCUGUUAUUUACCCUGAAGCACCUGAGGAGGACCAGAGACAAGGCACACCAGAAGCUAGUGGUCAGGAUGAAAAUGGAACACCCGAUGCAUUUUCCCAGCUGCUUACCUGCCCGUACUGUGAUAGAGGGUACAAGCGCUUUACCUCUCUGAAGGAACACAUUAAAUACCGCCAUGAAAAAAACGAGGAUAACUUCAGUUGCUCCCUUUGCAGUUACACGUUUGCAUACAGAACACAGCUGGACCGCCACAUGACGUCGCACAAGUCAGGACGAGAUCAGAGACAUGUGACGCAGUCCAGUGGUAAUCGAAAAUUCAAGUGCACUGAAUGUGGAAAAGCUUUUAAAUAUAAACAUCACCUAAAGGAGCACCUACGAAUCCACAGUGGAGAGAAGCCAUAUGAGUGCCCAAACUGCAAGAAACGUUUUUCCCAUUCUGGUUCAUACAGCUCACACAUAAGCAGUAAGAAGUGCAUUGGUUUGAUGCCCGUGAAUGGUCGCGCUCGGUCAGGGCUCAAGACGUCUCAGUGCUCCUCCCCUUCCCUUUCUGCAUCGCCCGGUAGCCCAGCAAGACCACAGAUACGACAAAAGAUAGAAAAUAAACCCUUGCAAGAGCAACUUCCUGUUAACCAAAUUAAAACUGAACCUGUGGAUUAUGAAUUCAAGCCCAUAGUGGUUGCUUCAGGAAUUAAUUGUUCGACCCCGUUGCAGAAUGGGGUUUUUAGUGGUGGUAGCCCAUUGCAGGCAACCAGUUCUCCUCAGGGUGUGGUGCAAGCUGUUGUUCUGCCAACAGUGGGUCUGGUGUCCCCCAUAAGCAUCAACUUAAGUGACAUUCAAAAUGUACUUAAGGUGGCAGUGGAUGGUAAUGUAAUAAGGCAAGUAUUGGAAAACAAUCACGCUAAUCUUGCAUCCAAAGAACAAGAAACAAUCAGCAAUGCAUCUAUACAACAAGCUGGCCAUUCUCUCAUUUCAGCUAUCAGUCUUCCUUUGGUUGACCAAGAUGGGACAACCAAAAUUAUCAUCAACUACAGCUUGGAACAGCCAAGUCAACUCCAGGUUGUUCCCCAAAAUCUAAAAAAAGAACAUUCUGUUCCUACAAACAGUUGCAAAAAUGAAAAGUUACCAGAAGAUCUUACGGUGAAGUCUGAGAAAGAUAAAAACUUUGAAGGAGAGAGCAACGAUAGCACUUGUCUUCUUUGUGAUGACUGUCCAGGAGAUCUUAAUGCACUUCAAGAAUUAAAGCACUAUGAAACAAAAAAUCCUCCUCAGCUUCCUCAGUCCAGUGGAACAGAAGCUGAGAAGCCCAGCUCCCCUGCCCCAUCAGAAACUGGGGAGAACAACUUAUCUCCUGGUCAGCCCCCUUUAAAGAACCUUUUAUCGCUCCUGAAGGCAUAUUAUGCAUUAAAUGCACAACCAAGCGCAGAAGAGCUUUCAAAAAUAGCCGAUUCCGUAAACCUACCACUGGAUGUGGUAAAAAAGUGGUUUGAAAAAAUGCAAGCUGGACAAAUUUCUGUGCAGUCUUCUGGACCAUCUUCUCCCGAACAAGUUAAAAUAAGCAGUCCCACAGAUAAUGAGGAUCAAGCAGCAACUACAAAUGAGAGUGAACCCCAGAACAGCACAAACAACUCACAAAAUCCGGCCGAUACAAGUAAAUCUCAGACUUCAUCAGGGGGAUCAACUCAAAAUGGUUCGCGCAGUAGCACGCCAUCCCCAUCACCACUAAACCUUUCUUCAUCCAGAAAUUCACAGGGUUAUACGUACACAGCAGAGGGUGUACAAGAAGAGCCACAGAUUGAACCUCUUGACCUUUCACUACCAAAGCAACAUGGAGAACUGUUGGAAAGAUCUACCAUAACUAGUGUUUACCAGAACAGUGUUUAUUCUGUCCAGGAAGAACCUUUGAACUUAACUUGCGCAAAAAAAGAACCACAAAAGGACAACAGUAUUACAGACUCUGAUCCUAUUGUAAAUGUAAUCCCACCAAGUGCCAAUCCCAUAAAUAUUGCUAUACCUACAGUCACUGCCCAGUUACCUACAAUUGUUGCCAUUGCUGACCAGAACAGUGUUCCAUGCUUGAGAGCUCUUGCUGCCAAUAAGCAAACCAUUUUGAUUCCCCAGGUGGCUUAUACGUACUCUACUACAGUCAGUCCUGCAGUUCAGGAAACACCACCAAAACAGACCCAAGCCAACGGAAAUCAGGACGAAAGGCAGGACACUAGCUCAGAAGGAGUAUCGAAUGUAGAAGAUCAAAAUGAUUCUGAUUCAACACCCCCAAAGAAAAAGAUGAGAAAGACAGAAAAUGGGAUGUAUGCAUGUGAUUUGUGUGACAAAAUAUUCCAGAAGAGCAGCUCGUUAUUGAGACAUAAGUAUGAACACACAGGUAAAAGACCUCAUGAGUGUGGAAUCUGUAAAAAAGCCUUCAAACACAAACACCAUUUGAUCGAACACAUGCGACUGCAUUCUGGGGAGAAACCCUACCAAUGUGACAAAUGCGGAAAGCGCUUCUCACACUCGGGGUCAUACUCUCAACACAUGAAUCACCGCUACUCCUAUUGCAAAAGAGAGGCGGAGGAGCGUGACAGCACGGAGCAGGAGGAGGUGGGACAGGAGGUGCUCAGCAGCGAGCAUGCGGGUGCCAGGGCAUCGCCAUCGCAGAUCGACUCCGAUGAGAGAGAGAGUCUAACCAGGGAAGAAGAGGAAGAUAGUGAAAAAGAGGAAGAGGAGGAGGAAGACAAGGAGGUAGAAGGACUUCAGGAAGAAAAAGAAUGUAGAAAACUACAAGAUGUAGAGGAGGAAGAAGAAGUAGAAGAAGAAGAAGAGGAAGAGGAAGGGAAAAGUGAAGGUAACAAGAACGAUGACGUUGUAAAUCGAGCAAGCAAUGCAGAACCAGAAGUUAUACAGAGCAAUGGGCAGGUGUCAGAAGAAAAAACAAAUAAAGCUUAAAUGAUAGUUUUUUCUAUAUGAAAAAGAAUAAAUCGGUAAUGAAGUUCGUUCUAUAUUAUACAUGCUUUUCAUGGAAACACGGUAGCCUGCAUACUGUGAUUUCUGUUCACUACUGUGUAAAAAAAUAUAUAUAUAAAAAAAAGAAAAAAGAAAAAAAAAAAAAGAAA